AUGGCUUCGCGAAUGACGUUGCGCAAGAAGAAGCCCGUCAACGCUGAAAGUACACAGGCCAAGCCGGCAUCUAAGCCAGGAAAGAAGAAAUCAACUCUCGCCCUUGAGCCCUCCAACAACGAUCAGGACGAGGACGACGAGGACAACCACGAAGAGGACGACGACGACGCUCUCACCACAUCCACCAAAAAGCGUACAACCAAGAUCAAGCCGGCGUCUAACCGAGGAAACAAGAAAUCAACUCAAGCCCUUCAGCCCUCCAACAACGAUCAGGACGAGGACGACGAGGACGACAACGACGCCCUCACCACAUCCAAAAAACGUCGUACAACGAAGGGCAAGCACAAGCGCACGUCCUCCGCCUCUAAACAAGACAAGCGUGACAAGUCCAAGGCUGAAAAGGCGCGCCGCGACCUCCUCGUUUCUGCUCUCUCCUUCGAGUCUACGAAAACGUCCUCCUUCGUCCUUCCGACGACCAUCUACGCCGACACCCUCGCGUCCAAAGACUUCAAAACCAUCGAGUAUCUCAUGGCCAGCACCACACACAACGACACAUACCCCACCAUCAUCAGCAUCGACUCCGUCAACAGCGUCAUCAGGUUGGUGUGCAACAUCAACGGCUGCCGCUUCACUGUCGAUCCGACUCUCCCGAUUCCGCAGUGUCGGAAGACCAAGAACUCAGCGCCCACGAAGGGCCACGAACAACGCGGCAAGAACCAACUCUCCACGUUCUCCUUCUUCACCGUCGCCGACAAAUUUCAAACCGUCGACAACCACCCCCUGGCCAACAAGAACCGUGUCAAUACUACCGUGUCCUUCUCCACCGAGGUUCUCAACGAGGUGUUUCGGAUGGACGCUGAAUCGUAUGUCCUCAAAGACAACAAAACCAAGAAGAAGAUCGUCAAACACCUCACCAACCGCGUCUUCCUGUGCGCCAUGAAGCGCGGACUAUGGACUCAACAGAACACCGUCUCGCUUUCCGCCCUAGCGCUCAAGCCCGUCUCGACCAACGACAUCAUCCACGGCCACAAGUUCGUCAACGGCGCCUUCGUCGACAUCCGCAAACCCAUCAAACAAGAACCCAUGGAUGAGAUCGGCUCCUCAGCGGCCAAAGCGUCCACUAACACCAAGCGCAAGCGCAAGGGUAACGGUAAGUCCAAGGACAAAGCCGUCCACCACGACAGCGACGACGACGAGGAACCUUCGUCUGCACCCGAGCCUGACAUCAUAUCCAUCGACGACAACAGCGACGAGGAACACCCGACUUCUUCAUCAUCCAGCGAGGGCGAAGCUUCGUCAUCCGGCGAGGAAGAAGCUUCGUCGUCCAGCGACGACACGUCUUCCGAUGAAGAAGAUUGA